AUGCUGACAGACCAACCUCUUCCUAGUGUUACUAAGUUCAGACAGAGGAGGCCAGUUCAUUCUUCUUCCUUUAAGACUACCAUUGACACCAACCUGGAGUGGAUCACCUUUAAACGUUCUAUUAUCAACACUGCAGUCUCAAUUUACAACAGAUAUUUUGAUCGCACUGAUUAUGUCUGCAAAUACAAGUGUGACACAGGCUUUUAUACCCCCAAAGAGGGUCCUUAUUGUGUCUUUGCUCGCAAAAACAGAUUUCACAGAGUAGAUCCCUUUGAAGUACUGGUCAACAGAGACAACUUUAAGAUCUUGGAGUGGAAGGAUAAUUCGUCUGGUAAGGUGCCCAAGAAUUCAGUCUCUACCUGUCCAGGGGAGCAAAUAUAUGUAGGAAUGAACAAAUAUGGCCUUGGGAAGGUUUCCACUAAAGAAAAGGCCUUCUACCUGCCCUGGAAGGGCAAAGUAUAUACUUACAAAUCCUACCAGGUCCUGACCACCAAUGAAAAUAUAGUCAGCCAACACAUUGACAAUGCUAAAAUUCUCCAAUAUCCUCCUGAGGUCAUUCGUCAAACAUUCAUCAGCAACUAUGAAUGUCAACCAGUAGUGAAAACAAGUUCCAUCUCAAAGACGUCUGAGGUGGAGCACAGGUGGGACACUACUUCUUCUGUUACAGUUACUGUUAGUACAAGCAUUACAAUUGGUAUCCCUAUCCUCUUCGAAAAAAAAAUUGAGAUCAGCACUGAGGUGUCGUUUGGAUUGACUAUAGGAACUACUGUGACAGAGAGCGUCACUGAUACUCUAUCUGUGGAGGUCACUGUGCCACCAAACCAAUCCUGUGUCAUUAAUAUGCUCCGGUACAAAUACAAAGUCGACAUCCCAUUCACAGGACGCCUCAGACGCACUUACGGUAAUGGGAAUAUCCGAAUAACAUCCAUCACUGGGAAAUAUAAUGGCAUUCAGGUGGGAGAAGUCCGGGCUGUGGUGAAUCGAUGUGAACCUCUGGAUGGAUCUAAGCCUUGUCCAUGA